AAAAAUAUAACUUUAUAUUUGACCAAAAAUUUUUUCGUUGCUUUUUUUUGCAUCUGAGUCUAUAUUCCAAUGUAUCCUCUUUACGCUCAUUGCCUCGUUAAUAUAAUCAUAAGCUGCUCAUCCUCUAUCUUGAUUGCAUCUCUCAUUCGCGACCUUCCUGGUGACCGCAUCACCGAGCGCUCCCACCGACGCCAAUUCAGCCCGACAAUAAGGCCGCGACGCCCAGACCGCAUCACACGCUCCUUUAUCUACUUAUAUAAUGAACUUGUAGUGUGCGAUGUACGCCUAGAAAUUUUACUUCGCCUAUUUAUAUCGCCGUUAAAAAUACGCGGUCUAAAUAUACGCGCACCGCUCCUCUGCCUGGCGCGUUUCGUGGAUCCGUCAUCGAAUUUUCCCUCCCGCAACCGUUUGUUUCUAACUUCGAUUAGUCUGACAGCUCGAUCGUACCGAGGAAGCGAUGAAAGUGUCCGCGGUGCAACCUCGUCCAUGCCAAAAUAGGCAGUGUUGCGUGGUAACCGUCGAUUAGUCAAACCUUUUUUCGAAACUCGAACGUUCGAUAUUGUUUUAAGUGCUCGUCACCAGUUACGGAAACACGAAAAACAUGUCGCAAGUGAAACGCAGCCAGAAAACGGACUUUUCCGCGGCUACACCCGGUGUCAUCACCAGGGAGAGGAGCUUCGUCAGAUCAAACAUCCGCGACCCCCUAAAACGACGCAGUCAGACUAUGGCUACGAUCAAAGCCGGAAAACCUACAAUGGAGAUCUACCGGCCCCCAAACGUACGAACAGAUCUGCCUAACAUGACCGGAAAACUUAACGUACACGCUAAAGAGUUCACCAUGAACGACCUCCAGCCUUCCAAAUCCAGCGGCAAUCUUCAUCUCGCAAUGGGAUUCGAACCUAUGCCAUUACAACACUCAAAGUCCAGCGGAAACAUCUUGCGUCACGUUGGUCACCCUGGUUUCAUACCCAUCCUCUCGGCCGGUAUGCCCUUACCCUUACUACACUCCGCGUCGGCUGCGCAAUUAAUGACAGCAAUGCACAGACCAAACUAUACAUACACUCCAGAAAUGUUCGCGCAGCCGAUAUUCUCGGGACAAAACCAACACCAGGUCCACCAUCAAAACAACUUUAGCUCUAACCACUACCAAAACGCCCAAACAAAUCAGUUCUCUUUAAAACGAUCCCGAAGCUUGGGAGCAUCAGAUUCACAAAAUCUCGCUACAAAACUGAAAAGUAUUAUCAAGGAAGAUGUAGAUAUAAAAGUAUUUCCUGAAGAAGAUCAAGAAAACUUAAAGAAAGCAGUCGAAGACCCUAACCAGCUCCCUUCUAGAAUACUUAUGGACCUAGUAAAAACAAUAAUGGAAAAAGCUGUGGAGGGAAUCAAGUACAGCGAAUCUAUAGCAAAACUAUGCGUUGCUAUAAUAGAAGGCGAAAAAAAUCAAACUUUUCUGGAAUCUCUUUUAAACACGUGCCAACAAUGGUACCAAGAAAGAGACAAAAUACUUAGAGGCAUUAAGGCGGGGGACGGAACACGUUUCACUUCUUUUAUGUGGUUUCUAACUGAACUAUACGGCCAGCUAAAGCGUCAACAGAUUCAAGACCAAGUCGAGUCCUUGCAGCCGGAACUGGUGUUGCUGUCAGUGCUCGCCAAAUGCUGUCAAGCGUGUGUCAGCCUCCCAAUCAAGUGUUUAUCGGAAACGGAGUGUCUGUUUUUCGUGCUGACGUCGAUCGGGCGCGAUUUAGAGGCUGAAAUUCCGCAGCAGCUGGAACUGUUGUUGAGCAACGUGCGUGACGGAUUUUUGGCUAGUGCGGGCUCGUCGAGCGUGAGACGCACGCUGUUGCAGCUGAUCGAGUUGCACGCGUCAAACUGGCAGUUGCCUGGAUCGUCGGUGCUCUACUAUUAUCCAAGGAUCAAGUAGUUCCGGAAUACAGGAUCGUCAUUUUUGUAAUUUAGAAUAUUUAAACCGAACGGAUGACAAUAAUUUAACGUUUAAUAUUUCUAACAUAAUAUGAAAGGUUGAUACUAAAUUGGAUAUACCGGAUGUUUCUCAAAAGUGGCUCAACUUUUUUACUUUUUCAGAUAAA